AUGUACUGGCAGAGUCAGCAAGAUAGACUUACCGAUGCAGAAGUAGGAGAUGUUGUGAGGGUAGAAGCCGAUAGACCAUAUGUUGGCAAUCCAGUGCCCAAUGUUGACGAUGCUGCCGAAGUAGAAAAAGUAGAAGAGUAUGAAUAUCAAGUUGGAGAUGGUCAGCAUAACUAUACAUCUGAAGAAUGUGACAAUUGUUACGAUUGGGAUGGCGAAGAGAAUCCCUUUGACACUAGAAAUUGUCACAUUGAAAGUUCACUCAAUGAAGCCGAGACCAAUGAAUCGGCAAAUCGACAUAUAGAAGCGGAAUUGGGAAUUGGGUUACAGUACAUGGUGAACAGUAUGUCUGACGCGCAAGUACUGCAAAAUCUUAAGCGGCAUAACUUAAACUUACCAAACUCACCGACUCCGAAGGACCUUCGAGCCGAUCUACUCGACAAGUGCACCAACGAUGCUUACAACGAUAGCUAUGACGAGCUUCAUCGUUUUUCAACCCAAACUAUCAUGAAAACAUGGCUGACAAGCAAGAUACGCACGAUACUAUGCUUGGAAUGGUCGAUAGAUGAACACGCCUUCUGUGCAUAG